AUGGAGGAGCAGCUAAAGCACGAGGAGAAGCUGGCCCGCCUGCAAGAGCGGCAGGAGCACCAGAAAAUGGGGAUGGAGGACCUGAGUAAGAUGAUGGGCCGAUUGCAGAUGACGCUGGACAGCGUGGUGGCGGGUACCACUCCCUAUCAGCAGGCGCAAUCGCAGAAGAUGGAGGCGGCAUCGCAGAAGAUGGAGCGAGAUGGCAUCGCAGAAGAUGGACCAGAAGGUGGAUAA